AGUUCUUAAUUAAGCUGACGCGAAUCCCCGCCAGUGGACACAGACCCUAUCAGCCCCACUAUGUCGUUCCAGGAAUGGCUGAAGGCGACUUAUAGCCUCAUGCAGAGCAUGGUGGAUAAGGAAGAGUUGGAUUCAGCCUUCCUGGAUUUGCAUCAAGACAUUAUAUUGAGCUCAGAAAGAAGCAGAAAUCAACAACAGCAGCAGCAACAAAAACAACAGCAAGAAGGCAAAAAAAUUUCUUAAUUUUUGUGGGCUAUCGAUAUAUAUUGGGCCCCAAUAAUUGGGUCAUAAAAUAAUACAAAAAUUUUAAAUUGUUAAAUUUUCUGCUUCUUUUUAUUAAUUGUUCUAAGCAAAGAACAGAGAAUAUAACGCAGUGUGAUAGCAAAAGCAGCGAUUGCUUGAAAAUCGAUAGAAAACUAUCGAUUAUAAAUGUUUUGCCCUAAUACGAGUGGUGUAGAAAAAUCACAAAUGGAUAACGAACUGGAAUUAAUCAACCGCAAUUUAAACGAUGCGCUGGCCAAGUUGAAAAACAGCAAACACAAUAACUUGCAGGAUCUUAAGCUAAAGAUGGCCCGCCUGAUACGACUCCACUUGCAGCACGUGGAAACUACUGUGAUCUUGCUCAGGCGGAGGACGCAGCAGAGGACCAGGCGUCGGUUUAGGAUGCUGCGCACGUUUUUUAUGCGCCAGAUGAUGGAGAUGCACUCAAACUACCUGCACACGUACGCCAUGCUGCGCCUGAAGCAUUCCCAAGUCGUGGACACGGACUCGGAAACCAGCGAUGUCGAUGGAGAACCGCAUGAGGAGUUUGGCGUGCAGGGAACCUUUCCCAGCUUCGAUUCCCAUUUUUUUGAGAAUGUGAUUCCCGCGCUAAGCGAGGAGGACUUUCUCAACACACUCCAUGUGACACGGGGAACCUUUGAGACCUUGUGCAAGCAGCUGUCUCCCACUCUGCGGACUUCGGAUGAACUGACUCAAAGAGAGCCAGCAAUUUCUACCGAAAAGUGUGUGGCUCUGGCCCUGAACUUCCUGGCUAGCGGUGAGCGGCUAUCUCUGAUUGCCGAGAGAUUUUCUCUGCCCCGUCCAAGGACCAUCAAGUGUUUAAAGGUCUUUUGCAACGCCGUGAUGUCCACUUUGGGCCGGGCGCUUCGCCAAUUGCCACAGAACCCAGUGGACUGCAAUAGUGUGGCCGAGGGAUUCCAGCGUGAAAGCAACAUGCCCGCCGCACUCGUUGGUGUCCUUGGCGUCUGCUCCAUUCCCAUCCGGUCCAAUGGCGAGGCCAAGAACUCGAUACUGCGCAUGGAGUAUCUCCUGGACGAUCGAAUGCUCUUUCGGGAGCUGCAAUUGGGAUGUGGCUUGCGGGCCACCCUGGGACCCAUGUUUUCCCACGCACCCAAUACUCUCACCGCAAUCCCUAAAUUCCGCAUUAAUUCCCGACUAGUUCCGGCCUUUGUCUUGGCCCCGGUGUACCAGAAUUAUCCACUGCGUCCCUGGCUUUUGCAGCGGUUUACUGAUCCGAUAGCUCCGCACGAGCACGACUUUAACGAGGUUGCCGAGCAUCUGCAGGAGUUAAGUGAUUGCGCAUUGCAUCGCCUCAUGUCCCGCUGGAGCUUCCUUAGCCAACCCCUGGACAUUAGCUUCCAUACGGCCUCGUGCAUCAUCACAGCAGCCGCAGUGUUGCACAAUCUACUGGAAGAACUGAGCGAACCACACAUGCUUGAGUGGGGCAACUCGGUGGACGUAUCCAAAUUCCGGGCAGAGCCGCUGUCAGAUUCAGUCAGCGAGGACGCCGAGUCUCAUGCGGCGCUAGAAGUGAGAGAUUUCCUAGCCAGAACCAUAAGCUCCACUGAAAUGUAAGGCAUACCAAUCGGUGUGCAACCGACAUCCUCAUAAACAUAAAAGCUGUAGAGAUAAUGACUAAAAUAAAACCAAAUUAAGUUACAUUAUAGAAA